GAAAAAGAGACCAGUUGCCCCUGUCUGUGAACAAAUCCAACUACAAAAACCCACUUCUCCCCCCACCCAUUCACUAGACCAUCAAUCACUCUCUUGUCUUACCUCAUUCUUUCUUUCUUGCUUGCUUUCAGGCAUUUCCACAAACAAUUUCCCAAAAGAAAACCGUUUCUUUUCACUAACAUGGCCAGACCACAACAGCGAUAUCGAGGCGUCCGACAAAGGCAUUGGGGCUCUUGGGUAUCCGAAAUUCGCCACCCUCUAUUGAAGACUAGAAUUUGGUUAGGCACAUUCGAAACGGCUGAAGACGCUGCUCGAGCUUAUGAUGAAGCUGCAAGGCUUAUGUGUGGACCAAGGGCUAGGACCAAUUUCCCUUAUAAUCCCAGUGCAUCACAAUCAUCGCCCUCAAAACUUCUCUCGGCAACUUUGACAGCCAAAUUGCAUAGGUGCUAUAUGGCCUCGCUGCAAAUGACCAAACAAGCAUCACUUUGUGAACAACAACAAAAAGGCCCGACUUUACACACUAACACCACCACCACCACCACCACUAAGGGCAUUGUUAUAAAAAGUGAGGAAUUGGGUACCCGGUUGCCAGAGAAAUGUCCAUUGCAAGUUCAAGAGACAGAGGCGAACUGGGUUGUCAAGAAAGUACAGGUUGACAGCAUCCAGCAGCAGUUUAAGCCUCUUGAAGAGCAUCACAUAGAGCAAAUGAUCGAGGAGUUGCUUGAUUAUGGGUCUCUUGAGCUAUGCUCUACUGUACCAUUUCAGCCUCUGUAAUGCGUAAUCCACAAGUGUCACAAAAACAACCUCCUCCUUAGUCUAAGUAAUCAUUUGCACUGCCACUGCCACUGCCACUGCCACUCAUUUCAUCUGCUAAUUUAACCCCAAUUUUUAUCACCUUUCUAUGGCUUCUUCAGGUGUUCUAGUGUUUUACAGUUUAGAUCCCACCCUGGUCUGGUCACUAGAAGUAUCCCCUUAAGUGACUCAUUCGCUGAUGAUUAAUGUACAGUAGAGUACUUCAUAAUUAUAUUUCAUGUUGCCCUA